UAUUGAUUUGCAAAAGUAAGAGCAGGAUGGUGUGAUAUUGCAAGUACUACGGUCUACGUAGAAUGUGCUCUGUGAUUUUGAUAGCCGUCCUGCUCCGAAGUAAGAUGGGCCGUUUACUCAUAGCGAUAGUGCUGGUGGUUGCCGCGGUGCCAAUAUACCAUAUUUUCAUCAAAAGUCCACCGCCACUGCCUGAACUGGAUCUGGAAGAAUGGUGGGGACCUCAGCAGAUGAAGACCAGACAAGACACUAGCAUUAAGCCCUUCAAAGUACAAUUUUCUCAAGUGAUGAUCAAGGACUUGAAAGACCGACUAAGAGACCGACACCCGCUAGCUACGCCUCUGGAGGGAAUUGCCUUCGAGUAUGGCUUCAACAGCAAGAGUUUGGAAGGCUGGCUGAAAUACUGGGCUGAGGAAUAUCCAUUUAGCGCUCGUCAAGAUUUCUUAAACAAGUAUCCUCAAUUCAAAACCAAUAUUCAAGGCUUGGACAUUCACUUCAUAAGGGUCAUACCAGAGGUGCCUGCUGGUGUUGAAAUAGUGCCCAUGCUGCUCUUGCACGGUUGGCCUGGCUCAGUCCGGGAGUUUUACGAGGUCAUCCCCCUCCUCACCUCAGUCAGCAAGGACAGGGACUUCGCUAUCGAAGUCAUCAUACCCAGUCUACCAGGCUACGGCUUCUCUAGUCCAGCAGUACGACCAGGCCUCGGAGUCGAUAAGGUGGCGGUAGUGUUCAGAAACCUGAUGCAUCGGCUAGGCUACAAGAAGUAUUACAUUCAAGGUGGAGACUGGGGUGCGAUCAUCUCCAAUGUUAUGGCAACUUUCUUUCCUGAUGAGAUACUUGGUUACCACUCAAACAUGCCAUUUUUGAUGACGACCAUAUCUUCAGUUUGGAGAGUAUUGGGUUCGUUCUGGCCUUCGUUGAUCAUGGAGUCGAAGGUACAGGACCGUGUUUACCCACUGUCGACGGUAUACGGAAGACUGCUGGAGGAAUCUGGAUACCUUCAUCUACAGGCUACCAAGCCUGAUACGUUGGGUGUCGGUCUAUCCGACAGCCCCGCUGGUCUAGCAGCCUAUAUCCUAGAGAAGUUCAGCACAUGGACCAACUACAACUUCAAGUCUCUGCCCGAUGGUGGACUAACGAAGAAGUUCACGAAGGAGCAGCUAAUGGACAACGUGAUGAUCUACUGGUCCACCAAUUCCAUCACCACAUCCAUGAGACUGUACGCUGAAAUGUUUACGAAGAGACACUUUGCUAUGAACCUUGACGAGAUUCCCACUCCAGUACCAACGUGGUUCAUCCAACCGAAAUAUGAGCUCACAUACUUCCCAAUGUGGAUGUUGAAGGGCAAAUAUCCUAACAUAGUCGGAGACACCGUUCUCGACGAUGGCGGCCACUUCUUGGCAUUAGAAAUGCCAGAACUAUUCUCCAGUGACGUCAUCAAGGCCGUUGGAAAAUUCAGAGAGUACCACCAGAAGAAUAAGAAGACUGAAUUGUAAUCGUGCGAUGUUUAUGUCAUUGAUUGCUCCUUAGAUGUUUUUCUCUUCAUUAAAUCACAAAAGUUAAAUGUGAAAGACCAUCUAUAAUUGUGGUGGGUUGUACAUAAU